AUGGUCCCUCAGCUGUCAUUCCUCCAGAAGCUCCGACCACGCCUGCAACUCCUACGGCUGUGCAAACAUCCACCAUGGCUAAGGAUCACUCCCAGUCUUCAGAGGCUCUGUUAGAAUCUCAGCUCGCUUUGGCAGGUUUAUCAACACAGACAGCACUAACACCAAGUGCAACGCCCACAGUACUUACAUCAACGCCAACAGCACUUACACCAAGUGCACCGUCCACAGCACUAACAGCAACGCCAACAGCAGUUACACCGUCAUGUUCACAAAGUUCAUGCAACACUUCUGCAGCCAGUGAGGCAUCGACAGAAAUUAGCGUUAUAGAAGAGUUUGAGGUAGAAUUGCCGCUGACAGCUUGUGAUGAACCUAAUGAUACUACUUUAGAAAUACCAUCGGAUAUCGAACUAAAAGAAUUGAAGUCUCUACUUGAUGCUCAGGGUAUCCAAUACGUAAUCAACGAACGGGAACCAGAUACACCAAGCACUGUAAUUCCAUCUACCAGUGUGUUGCAGCAGGCUACGACAGCGGUUGCUGAUGUAUUUGACCUCGGGAAAAUCACAACACCCCCAAGACCUAAAAGCAACAAAAGGAAAACAAACCCAGAGGCAAGAAUAUUAACAACUGAAGAGUUUAGGCGCUAUAAAAAAGGGAAAGUCGAUGAAAAAAUGAGGAUGGAAGCAGAGAAAGAAGAACGGAAAGAAAAAAGGAAACUAAAUAAAGAGAAGAAGCUAAAAGCAGAUUUGCUAAAAAAGUUUAAUAAAUCAAACAGAAACAUAUUUAGUAGCCUGGGUCAAAACUCAAAAGCCUAGUACGCAGCGCUAGCUUCAUCGUUUGUUUAUAUACUAGGCCUAGUAUGCACUUUCAAUCACUGAUUACGUGAUUACGUGUUAGCGUAUGGUAUCGUACAGUCGGAUUGUUGGACUAUUAAAUAUAUUUGUUAAU